UAUAUAUAAAUUAUUUCUCAAUGUAUAUAUAUAAAAGCAGCUGAAAGCAGGGCAAAGGCAAAGGCAAAGGUUCCAACUUUUUCAAAAGCUUAAAAUCCUAACCAAUGGGACCUCAAUUUCAUCAUCUUCGCCUCAAUCUUCUCUUCUCUUUGCUUCCUCUUUCCCUUUAGGGUUUUUCUCACUCUUCUGCACAAUUCCUACGAUGCCGUUUUAUCUUUUCUCUCUCUUUCUUGCCCUAAUCGAACUCUCCAGAAAGCCAUCUGAUUCAGUUUCUCCGGUGCGUUUUUAAUGAAUGUGUUUGUUGGUUAUUUUGGUAAAGAAUGAGGAGCCUGGUUCAGAAGGGUUGUAUUUAUUGAGUAAACCAAUGGAAACUGCAAGGUGUUGGUUCAACAAGUUGAAAUCAAAAGAUAAGUUAAGGCCUUCAAAGAAGAAAGAAGCUGCUGGUAAUGCAAAGGAGGGGUCAAAACCACCAACAAGUGAAGAGGCACCAUCGAAUGUCACCAAACAGCGGGUAGCAGCUGCAAAGCAGUAUAUUGAAAACCAUUACAAGAAGCAGAUGCAAAGCCUGCAGGAAAGAAAAGAGCGACGUGAUAUACUAGAAAAGAAGUUGGCUGAUGCUGAAGUCUCUGAAGAAGAACAAAACAACUUACUAAAGUAUUUGGAGAAAAAAGAGACAGAAUACAUGCGUCUUCAGAGGCAUAAGAUGGGUGCUGAUGAUUUUGAGCCAUUGACCAUGAUAGGCAAGGGUGCAUUUGGAGAGGUUAGAGUAUGUAGGGAGAAGACAACUGGUCAUGUUUAUGCUAUGAAGAAGCUUAAGAAGUCAGAGAUGCUUCGUAGAGGCCAGGUUGAACAUGUGAAAGCUGAGAGAAAUCUACUUGCAGAGGUUGACAGUAAUUGCAUUGUCAAACUAUAUUGCUCCUUCCAAGAUGAAGAGUAUCUAUAUCUGAUUAUGGAAUAUUUACCUGGGGGAGAUAUGAUGACUUUACUGAUGCGGAAGGAUACACUAACUGAAGAUGAGGCCAAGUUUUAUGUUGGAGAAACUGUCCUGGCAAUUGAAUCUAUCCACAAACAUAAUUAUAUUCAUAGAGACAUCAAGCCUGACAACUUGCUACUCGAUAGAAAUGGUCAUAUGAAAUUAUCAGAUUUUGGAUUAUGUAAACCGUUAGAUUGCAGUAAUCUCCAGGAAAAGGAUUUUUCUAUGGUAAACAAUCUCAGUGGGGCUCUUCAAAGUGAUGGACGACCUGCAGCACCAAAACGCACACAACAAGAGCAAUUGCAGCACUGGCAGAGGAACAGAAGGAUGCUUGCUUAUUCUACGGUUGGUACACCUGAUUAUAUUGCCCCAGAGGUUUUGCUGAAAAAGGGAUAUGGAAUGGAAUGUGAUUGGUGGUCUCUUGGUGCUAUCAUGUAUGAAAUGCUUGUUGGAUUUCCACCCUUUUAUUCUGAUGAGCCAAUGUCAACCUGUCGGAAGAUAGUAAAUUGGAGAACGCACUUAAAAUUUCCGGAAGAAGCAAAACUAUCCCCAGAAGCAAAAGACCUGAUCUGUAAACUUUUAUGUAAUGUUGAGCAGAGGCUUGGCACAAAAGGUGCCCAUGAAAUUAAGGCUCACCCAUGGUUUAAAGGUAUUGAAUGGGACAAGUUAUAUAAAAUGAAAGCCGCAUUUAUUCCUGAAGUCAAUGAUGAGUUGGAUACUCAAAAUUUUGAGAAGUUUGAAGAGACUGACAACCAAAUUCCAUCUGCAGCAAAAUCGGGUCCAUGGAGAAAGAUGCUUUCGUCCAAGGAUAUAAACUUUGUGGGUUACACAUACAAGAACUUUGAAAUUGUAAAUGAUAAUCAGUUACCUGGCAUUGCUGAAUUGAAGAAGAAGAGCUCAAAACCCAAGAGACCCUCCAUCAAAUCCCUUUUUGAGGACGAGUCAGAAGCUGCUGCCAGUCAACCAGCUCAAGGGAGCUUCUUAAACCUCUUGCCUCCGCAACUAGAAGCCCCAGAGAAUGAUUCGAGAAAAUGACCAGAUGGCCUCAGAUAUCCAAAGGUAAAAAUCUUAUUAUUCUCAUACAUUUCAAAUUUUCUGUGAAAAGUUUUAGGGGCAAAGGCCCUAAAACAAGUGGUUUGAGAUAUGGGAUUGGCUCGAGUCUAGGUAGGAGAGUGUUCUUUUGUAAAAUACUAUCUGAAAGUAAAUAUUCUUUCAUAUUUGUUGUGUAUUUUUCCCCCACCCACAUUAUGUCAAGCUGAAACAAGUUCGUGUACGAUACCCCAUUGUUGUGUUUUUCAUGUAAUUAGUAACCUCUUCUCUGAUUUACAAGGGGUGGACCACCAUUUGCAUGUACACGAAAAUGGCCAAGUCUUUCUCUGGUCUAUAUUUAACCUUAGGAACUACUGGGUUUUAAAUUUGGAGAUGAUGGACGCCGAAAUUACACAUAUCUGUCCAGUUUUCUCUUCAUUUUUUCCCGUUUGCUUCUUUUACUUUGUUAGGGUGAAUGACUGAUCAACGAUCAUAUUAAAGCAGAAAAGUAAAGAGAUUCACAGAUUUUAUUUUU